GCAUUAGUUUAUUUACCAAGUGGCAAGUCUAAAUUUUUUGACAGACUUCUUCAAGAAUGUUAAACUUCCAAUUAACUACUGAACGGGAUCGUCGUGAAGCGGCUCUAAUCGAAAAACGGAGAGCCCUAGAAGAAGAACGCAAAAAGCGGAUUUUUAAUCCUCGCCAGCGUUUAUUUGGGAUUGAUUAUGGGACUUUACAAAGACAAAUCGAAGAAAAAAGAAAAAGAGAAGCCGAACAGGCCCGCAUAGACCGAAUAUUCGACGAACAAAGAGUAAAAAAUGACGAAAUCGCUCUGGCACUAGAGAAGAAAGAAAAACAGGAACGUCUAAAACUCGAACAAGAAAUAAAUUAUUUCCGGAUGUGCUGCCAACGCCCGGAGGAUCGAAGGGAGUUCGAUCUUAACGAUCCCCACCAAAUGAAAAAAGCUAUACCCGCAAGAGCCUGCGAUGAUGAUCCUAGACUUGGACCUUCAGCGGCACAAAAGUUCGAAGGCGAAGAUUUAGCAAGUGCUGAACGAGCCAAAGUACAACGGGAUCAGGUGAAAGCGUGGCUUGACCAGCAGAUCAUGGAAAAAGAAGCAGCUGAUAAGGAGCGUAAAGCGGCGGAAGAGGCGUACAGAGAAGCAAUCAUGGCACGCGAUCAAAGAGCCCUUCAACUAGAUAAAAUGGAGAAAGAAUGCAGGAAACGACUCGAAGAGGCCUGUAUAAGAUUCAACAGAGCGCUGGCUGACGAAAGAAAAAUGGAAGAAGUGAGUAGGCUCAAACAUGAACACGAAGACGCUCUGGCCGAGAUGUAUAAUUUCAUGACGAGCGAUUUACUGACGGAAAAUCCAGAUGUCUCACAGAGUAAUCUAGGACCGCAUCGACGAAUAGGUUAUUUAUACAAAGGGAUGACAGCAGAGGAGAAACAAAAAGUGCGUGAAUACCAGUUGGCUCAAAUUCAGGAUGCAAAGAAGCAAAAAGAAUUGGAAAAAAGAAUGGACAGAGAGUAUGAAGAUUUCCUUAACGGGACACAACAAACAAUAUCGUUGAUGGACAAAGAGGAGUUAAGGAAACACAGAGAAUUCAUCAGAAGUCUGGCUGAAGACAAUAAGAAGUUGGCCGAGGAGCAAAAAUUGCGCAAAGAAUUUAUGGAAAAAGUGGUUUACACAAAUAGACCGACACAAGAAUUCUACGAUCAGUUCAAUAAAUCAACGAGAUAAUAA